UUUAAAAAAUUGAUAGACACAUAUAUAUUACAAUAUUUAUAAUUUAGAAUUUAACACAAUAUAUUUAUAUAAAAAUAAAUGAAAAUAAAAAUUCGUGCGGUUGCGUGGAUCGAGAUCUAGUCUGCUCUAUUAAAAGAGAAGUGCCAUUUUAUCUACUAUUUAGAAGUCAUAUAGGACCAUAUAUUCAAUUACAUUUAUUUGAAUAUUUACAUUAUUUUAUUACAUAUAUAACAUUUCUACAAAAUCUAAGUAAUUAUAAAGAUAUCAAUAAUAAAUCAGUUUUGGCUGUAAAUUUAAAUUUAGUAAUAACAAAUCUGUUGAGAAAAAUUUAACAAAACCUUAUAAAAAAUUUAAAUAUUUUUUUAAUUAAUGCAUCUAUUAAUUUCUAAAUUGGUAGUAUAAUAUUAUUAUAAAUUAAGUUUAAUUAAAAUUUUAUUAUAAAAAGAUAAAAUAAUAUUCUAAGCUAUUUUUUAAAUUUUAAAAGUAUAUUAUAUAUUAUAUAUAAAUAGAAGUAAUAAAUGAAUUAAAUAUGAAAUUUAUAUUAAAUGGGUAAACUAAUACAUUUUAAAGUUUAAUUAAUAAAUAAAGUAUCAUUUACAGUUUAAAAGGAUUAAAAUAUCAUUCUAUCAUUUGAGAGUCGAUUCACGAAGAUUGGAUGUUAUUGGGUUCACACAAGGAGAAACUAGAGGAUUUCUACAGAUCAAGGCAAGCCAUGGGAAGAAUCGGAAGGAAUAUGGUUUUGGUUUUCUAAUGGAAAUUCGAGGAUACGAGAUCCGGUUGUGCGGUAACAAACGAAUCAAUUUCGAGGGGAUUAAUGAUUGGUUUCGAUGGAUUUCCUUGGGAUUCUUUGGUUCUCAGAUCAGAUCAGAAGAUGGGAAGAACAUGUGGGGCUCAAUCAGAGUCAACUUGCCACAAUAUACAACACAUGACUAUACGAGGAGGGCAGCAUUCUCGUACACAGGUAUGUUAAGGAAAGAGGGAGUGGCGGUAAGAGUUUUAACCUGGUGGGAUUUGGUUAGGAUUUCGUGGAUAUUGGUUAGAAUCUGUCCAGAACAAGCACAUGGCUGUUCAUAUUUAAUAGUGAUCGAUGAUUCUAAGGUUUGUAGGCUUCCUGGUAAAGGGAUGGAGUGGUUUCAUGGAAGGACUUUUAUACUCUUUGAGCUUUAUAAGGAUCUUCUUGCUGGAGAAUUAGACAAAUGCGUACCAGAUGCGUUCAGUGCUAUCGGAGCAAUGAGGUAUUAACUUAUUGGUACAAGCGGUCAUGCCAUGGGACUAGACAAAUGCAGAGGAUACGAUCAAGCUUUUUUGGUGCUUGUCUGAUCGCUAUGGAAACAUGGUUCAUCCUAACUGUAGUUGACCUGCAAGGAGUGCAUCCUAGGGAAGGAAGAAGCUUGAAUGAGGUCUCUUUAAACACAUUCAAAUUUCUCGUAGUGAGGUUUCUCUUACAGCAGCGACGAGAAUAUUAUGGAGCACUCGGGGAUGGUAAUAGAGUUGUGAAAACGAGGAAUCAUGGGAACAUUUAUUUGGUGGCAUUGGAUGAAGGCUUCUUCAAUAAGGAUGUACGGUGUUCCUGGUGGGGCUUUUUUAAAAAAUGGUGCAUAUUCGCAAUGUAUUGGUUUUUCUAUAAACAGAAAGCAGCCUUUCUUUUAGUUUAUGGUUUUUCAUUUCCAGGCAUUUUAAUAAGCUCUGUGAGCAGUUUAUGGUUCAAUGUUUUAUUCUUUACCUGGUGUUCUAGCUUGGCUCCUCUAUUGCAUGAGUCAAAGUUCCUCUUUAUGAUUAUUUUGUGGAAUAAAUUUGGUUUCCUAGGCUUGUGGUAUGGGUGGUUCAAUGUUCUUUUCUAUAUCUGGUGUUCAAGCUUGGCUCUUCAGUUGUAUGAGUCAUUAUUAAUCUUUAUGAUUAUCUUUUGGAACAAUAUUGGUUUACAUGGCUUCUGGUAUGGGGGUUUCAUUAUUUUUGAGAAGGAACAGACAGGAGAUACGUUUAAUGGGAGUGUAAAGCCUUUUGGAAAUAUAGAGGAACAAGUCUCAACUAUGGUUUCAUCAGACCACAAGAAAUUGGGAAGAUUGGCCUACAUUACGAGAUGGAACAUGAUCGGAACAUGAUCGGAAUGAUUUUUUUUAUAUAUGAAUAUUUUAAGUUGGAAUUGUAGAGGACUAUGGAGUCAUUGGACUAUAAGUUAUUUUCGGGAGAUAUGACAUCAACAUAAACCAGAUUUCCUAUUUUUAUCUGAAACGAAACAGGAUUUUGAGUUUGUACAAAGAUUCCAAUCUCAUUUUGGAUAUGAUAGUUUAGUUACUGUAGAUCCAAACGGGAGAAGUGGUGGUUUAGCUCUUUAUUACAAUAAGGAUUAUCAAGUUCAAAUCUUAUAUUCUAGCAACACAAUGAUAGAUAUCGAGGCGGUGGUCAAAAGAAAACAAGUUUUUCUUACUUUUGUUUAUGGGGACCCGGUACAAAAGUUAAGAGAACAUGUCUGGGAGAGACUAACUCGGUAUGGAUUAACACGAUCUGAACCAUGGUUUAUUAUUGGAGAUCUAAACGAGAUUACUAAAAAUCCUGAAAAGGAUGGGGGAUCCCUAAGAAGUGCCACUUCCUUCAUACCCUUUAACAAUAUGAUAAGGAAUAGUGGUCUACUAGAAUGACAUCUGAUCGUCAUUGCUCCUUUUCCUUUACCUCUCUUUGCUUGCCAUUCUAGUAGACCACUAUUAGGAAGCGGGUACGUAUUGGAAGCGUAUAUCCAUAUAUAAAUAAAAAAUAUAUAUAUAUAUAUAUAUUAAUUUAAAAAAAAUUAGGACUAAAAAUUAUAUGAUUUAAAUUUGAAAUAAUGCAUUUAUUCAUUUAUAAUAAUUUUGAAAUUAUUUUAUAUUAAAACUGUAAAAAUACAC